AUGGCCGUUGACACUCUAUCCCUCGAGGGCAAGGUUGCCAUUGUUACUGGCUCCGGACGGGAGAACGGCAUCGGGGCUGGCAUCGCCCUGGCCCUGGCCCGCAACGGGGCGUCCGUAGUUGUCAAUCAUCUAUCAGACUCGUCUGCUGAUCGAGCUGCCAACGUAGCGCAGAUGCUGAGGCAGGCCGGGGGCAAAGCCAUUGUCGUCCAGACCUCGGUCGACACCUUGGAAGGGGCUAAAUACAUUGUCCAAAAGACGCUCGAGGGUUUCCAGACCGACCAUAUCGACAUCCUGGUGAACAAUGCCGGAGUCGGCUAUGCGAGCCGGAUCCUGAAUGAGAUCAACCAGGCUGAAACGGAUAGGGUCUACCAGAUCAACGUCAACGGGCCAUUGUACAUGGCUCACGCCGUGGUUCCUCACAUGCCGCCCGGCGGUCGGAUUAUCAACGUCUCGUCUACAAACGCCAAGCUCGGCCACGAGUUGUUGUCAACGUAUUCUGCGAGCAAGGCGGCCCUAGAUAAUCUGACUGUGUCGUGGGCCGGAGAGCUUGGCAGGAGCAAAGGCAUCACCGUCAACUCGGUAGCUCCCGGCCCAGUCCUCACUGACAUAAUACCCAAAGAACAAAUGGAUGCUAUCAUGCAGCCGCAGAUUGACAUGACGAAAGCUGCUGACAGGGCCGGCACACCCGCGGAUAUCGGCGACGCCGUGCUUCUUCUCGUUAACGAGAAGGCCAGGUGGAUCACUGGGCAAAAUAUUUCUGUAAGCGGUGGUGUCACGCACUGA